GUUUCCUUCUUUUCACUUCCCUCUCCCUUAUAUAUAAAGAUUCAACUUCUCUUCGUCUCCUGGGAGAUAAAAAGAAAAAGAAGAGGGAUAAAGUGAGGGAUGAGAACAAGGAGAGGGCAGUGUUAUCCCAAAGUGCAUAUGUGUAGGGAAAACGAUAAUAGAACGGUAAAGAGAGCAGUUGAGUUCGGUAGAGAACAAAUGGGUUGCCAGAAAAGAUUAAAGGUCUCGCCGGAGAUUGCCGGAAAGUAUGAUUUCUUCGAUGUCUUGCCGGACGAUCUCGUCCUUUCGAUUUUGUGCAAGCUCAGUUCCACCGCUGGAUCCCCCACUGAUUUCACCAACGUUUUGAUAACAUGCAAAAGAUUAAAUGGAUUAGGUCUCCAUUCGCUGGUUUUAUCCAAAGCUUCUCAGAAAAUGUUAGCAGUGAAAGCCAAAAACUGGUCCGAGUCGGCUCACCGAUUCCUCAAAUUCUGUGCCGAUUCCGGGAAUGCUGAAGCCUGUUACACUCUUGGCAUGAUUCGAUUCUACUGUUUGCAAAAUCGAGGAAGCGGAGCGUCUUUGAUGGCAAAGGCGGCGAUUAGCUCUCACGCGCCCGCUCUUUACUCUCUAGCCGUUAUCCAGUUCAACGGCAGUGGUGGCUCAAAGAACGACAAGGACCUCCGCGCCGGUGUGGCGUUGUGUGCACGGGCAGCCUUCCUGGGGCAUAUUGACUCCCUGAGAGAACUUGGCCACUGCCUUCAAGACGGUUACGGAGUCAAGCAAAACAUAGCGGAAGGACGCAGAUUUCUUGUUCAGGCCAACGCCCGUGAAUUAGCCGCCGUUUUAGCCGCGACACCAUCAGCGGCUCCGGCCUCUGGCUCGUGGCUGACAUGGAACCCUGUUGACCAUCACCGCCACCUGAUUGGCGCUGGUUGCCCUUUGUUGAGUGAUUUUGGAUGUAAUAUUCCGGCGCCGGAACCUCACCCGGCCAGCCGUUUCUUAUCAGAAUGGUUUUCAAUUCGGGGUGGAAACUCGCGCCCAGGACUCCGUUUGUGUUCUCAUUCGGGCUGCGGGCGACCCGAGACCAGACGUCAUGAAUUUCGGCGGUGUUCUGCAUGCGGAGCCGUGAAUUAUUGCUCACGUGCUUGCCAGGCGCUGGACUGGAAAUUGCGCCACAAGGUGGAGUGCUCACCCGUCGAGAGGUGGGCUGAGGAAGAAGGUGAAAAUGAACCUAAUGUUAACGGCGGAGUUGUUGACAACAACGGCUAUGAGGCUAUGGUGGAGAGCUGAGUUAACGGUAACGGCAAGGUGUAUUUGGAAAAGAGAGAGACAUACUGGGGAUGAAAAGAGAAAGUAGAAAAGAUUUGGGGCCAAAUUUUGGGGACAAGAUAUUUAAUUAAUCUUUUGAUGUGGUCCAUCAAUGUUUUUUUGUACCAUACAGGAACCCAGCCUAAGUUCACCGUUAAAAUUGCUCCUUUGGUUUGUUUUGUUUAGCAGAGCGGAUACAAAUUGUAAAUUAUUUUAGAAAAAAAAAGUUACAAAUUUAUUCAUUA